CGGUGGGCGUGAUCCGGGCACUUAGGGCAGGAUGAACGCUGCUUUCCAAGAUGGCGACGGAGGGAGGAGGGAAGGAGAUGAACGAGAUUAAGACCCAAUUCACCACUCGGGAAGGUCUGUACAAGCUGCUGCCGCACUCGGAGUACAGCCGGCCCAACCGGGUGCCCUUCAACUCGCAGGGAUCCAACCCCGUCCGCGUCUCCUUCGUAAACCUCAACGACCAGUCUGGCAACGGCGACCGCCUCUGCUUCAAUGUGGGCCGGGAGCUCUACUUCUAUAUCUACAAGGGGGUCCGCAAGACAAUCCAUGAGGUUGGUAGAACAGAGAUUCUCAUCUCCGUUUUAACUGAGGCUGCUGACUUGAGUAAACCAAUAGAUAAAAGGAUAUACAAAGGAACACAGCCUACUUGUCAUGACUUCAACCACCUAACAGCCACAGCAGAAAGUGUCUCUCUCCUAGUGGGCUUUUCCGCAGGCCAAGUCCAGCUUAUAGAUCCAAUCAAAAAAGAAACUAGCAAACUAUUUAAUGAGGAAAGACUAAUAGACAAGUCACGCGUAACCUGUGUCAAAUGGGUUCCCGGUUCGGAAAGCCUUUUCCUAGUAGCCCACGCCAGUGGGAACAUGUACUUGUAUAAUGUGGAGCACACUUGUGGUACCACAGCCCCCCACUACCAGCUUCUGAAGCAGGGCGAGAGCUUUGCCGUGCACACUUGCAAGAGCAAAUCCACGAGGAACCCUCUCCUUAAGUGGACGGUGGGCGAGGGGGCCCUCAACGAGUUUGCUUUCUCCCCAGACGGCAAGUUCUUGGCGUGUGUGAGCCAGGACGGGUUCCUGCGGGUGUUCAACUUCGACUCGGUGGAGUUGCACGGCACGAUGAAGAGCUACUUCGGGGGCCUGCUGUGUGUGUGCUGGAGCCCGGACGGCAAGUACAUCGUGACGGGGGGCGAGGACGACCUGGUGACGGUCUGGUCUUUCGUAGACUGCCGAGUGAUAGCUAGAGGCCACGGGCACAAAUCCUGGGUCAGUGUUGUGGCGUUUGACCCCUAUACCACUAGCGUGGAAGAGAGCGACCCCAUGGAGUUUAGUGGCAGCGAUGAGGACUUCCAGGACCUCCUCCAUUUCGGCAGAGAUCGAGCCAAUAGCACGCAGUCCAGGCUGUCGAAACGGAACUCGGCCGAGAGCCGCCCCGUCAGCGUCACGUACCGGUUCGGCUCCGUGGGCCAGGACACGCAGCUCUGCCUCUGGGACCUCACGGAAGACAUCCUUUUCCCCCACCAGCCGCUCUCGAGAGCAAGGACACACACAAAUGUCAUGAACGCCACGAGCCCUCCCGCCGGCAGCACUGGGAACAGCGUCACGACGCCCGGCAACUCCGCGCCCCCGCCCCUGCCCCGCUCCAACAGCCUCCCGCAUUCCACCGUCUCCAGCGCCGGCAGCAAGAGCAGCGUGGCCGACGGGGCCAUCGCUUCCGGGGUCAGCAAAUUCGCGACACUCUCCCUGCACGACCGGAAGGACAGGCACCAUGAGAAAGACCACAAGCGAAACCAUAGCAUGGGACACAUUUCCAGCAAGAGCAGCGACAAACUGAACCUGGUUACUAAAACCAAAACGGACCCCGCUAAAACCCUGGGGACGCCCCUGUGUCCUCGGAUGGAAGACGUUCCCUUGUUAGAGCCGCUCAUCUGUAAAAAGAUAGCACACGAAAGACUGACUGUGUUAAUUUUUCUUGAAGACUGUCUAGUCACUGCUUGUCAGGAGGGAUUUAUUUGCACAUGGGGAAGGCCUGGUAAAGUGGUGUGGGUGCGACCCCGGGGUGUCCGCACAAGUGCAGUGGGUGAAAACACAGCCGCGGUUGCGUGGAGUUCAAGGCUCAUCGUGGGUCCACGAGUCACCGACGGAAGCAUUUUUGGGGGCAGCGUAAGCGUGUUCACAGAGCCGAAAAGCUGUAGCUUCAGCGUUGCCCUCUUGUGACCUGAAACUUCUCCGCGACGGUCGCCCGCCAGCCCGUGACGGAACUCCGUGAUGAGCACACACGCUCACCCACGCCCACGGGCUUAUUGUCAUCCCAAAACCAGGCCAGCUCUCCAGGUGGAACUGUAGUAUAGUGACCCACGCGGUCCUGAGGGAGCGACGGACGGAGGCGGGAGCCCCGGGCGCGGACACUCGCGGAGGCAGCUGUCACCCGGAGUCGUGGGAAGACCCUCGGGGCCCGCUCGAAACCGCCUUCUCUGCCACUCACCCAAAGAAGCCGUUGCCAUUUUUAAAUCGUUCUUGUGGGGCUGCAGUAAAAAAUAAGAAAUGGGAUUUUCUUGCUUUUUACUCGAAAGUUCAAUGUAAUUAAAAUCUCAUAUAUAUAUGUGUGUGUGUGUGUAUAUAUCCAUACAUAUAUAUAUAUAUAUUUAGUAUAUACAUACAUACAUAGUGUAAAAUGUUUCUUGGACAAGAAAUCCCCUUAAACUCAACUCUUACAAAUAGCACUUCACUCUGGUUUUGCACUGAUGUCUUUAUACUUAGGUGGUCAGGAGGCAACCCGGAGGGCACUCGUGAAAGUUGUCACCUUCUGACGGGAAUCUGCCAUUCAGGACGGUGGAUGCUGCGAUCUGAGAUCUUCACGAGUCGUUUGCACUUAAAAUAGUUCACUGCUGUUAGGAAAUGACUUUAAAUAUGGGUCUUACGGACUCACGGCCCUCCAGGGUGUAUAGAUGCUUUUUAAUCUUAACAUUUAUUUUAAUACUGUUGUUUCCAGUGUAGUCUGGCUCUGUAUUAUAUGUACAAAUAAUGGAAUUCUUCUGGGGGACGUGGUUACUUCACCAGUAAUUUUCAUCAAUUUAAGAGUGAUAUUUCUAAUUCAUGAAAAAAAUAUUAAUAUUAAAACUAUCUUGAAUACA